AUGUCGACCUCACCAGUGCCCUUGCCGCCGCUGGCGCUGACAUCACUCAAUGGCCAGCCGGUGUCGCUUGCGGGUUUUGCCGGCAAGCCCACUGUGGUCAACCUAUGGGCCACCUGGUGUCCGCCGUGCGUACGCGAGAUGCCGGUGAUGCAACAGGCACAGGCCGCCAACCCGGACGUGAACAUCGUCUUCGUCAAUCAAGGCGAAGACGCAAAAGCGAUUACCAGCUUCCUCAACCGACACAGCUUGACGCUACGCAACGUGCUGCUCGAUCCAAAGCGUCUUACCGGCGCAGCGCUGGGCCACAGCGCCUUGCCAACCACGCUGUUCUUCGAUGCGCAAGGAAAACUUGCCGGCACCCGCAUUGGCGAGCUAUCGCAAGCCACGCUCACUCAACGCCUCACAAGCCUUCGCGCCGACUCAUCCCAGCCUCAACAACUCACUUCGCCAUGA